UCAUGCGGCAACAGUGGGAGCCGUUUGAGACCGGAUUCGGUCCUAUCAAAAUAAAUAUGCAGCAUCAUCUAGAUGUUUUGCGCCUUGCCGGCCAAGCACUGCAAUUACGCAACGACCGAGAAGCUACGCAAGAACGCCGACGUAAGUCAUCUUAAAGCCUAGGAGCUUUUUCUAUUGGAAAAACUUUUGUGUAACACCGUCAUAGAAAUGGAGAGGGAAAGCUUCUUGGACUGGAUAUCUAAGGUCGACUUUGAGAAGGUUCACGAUGGUAUCUACGCAAAGAAGCAUAGAGGUACUGGUGAUUGGUUAAUUCAAAAGGAGGAGUUUCAGACUUGGUUUAGCAGCUCAAAGUCCUCCUUGUUAUGGUGUCAUGGAAAGCCUGGUGCCGGAAAAUCGGUACUUGCAUCAAAUGUCUUAGAACACAUUACUGCCAAAUGUGCUUUAGACGAAAAUGUCGCUAUCUGUUUCGCUUACUACAACUACCGGACUCCGCAGGACUACUCCCAGAUAGCAGCGGCUUUGAUUAAGCAACUUUGUCGAAGCAAAGACACUAUACCUCCUAGGCUGCUGAAGUUCAAGCGUGACUCACUCAGCUCUUCGACAGCUAGCACGCAAGAGUCAUUCAUCAUGCUUACUAAGGAGUUGAACUUUAAGGAGGUAUACGUGGUUGUUGAUGCGCUGGACGAGUGUCCUCAGCGCGAAAGACAUCAUAUAAUCGGUUUUCUCACGGAGGUAACAAAAGCUCUGCAAUGCGCGAAAAUUUUCAUUACAAGUAGGAGAGAGUCUGAUAUUGUGCGCGCAUUUGAAGAGAGUAGCACACCCACAGUCCAGAUUCAAGCAGAGAACGUUGCAGCAGACAUCGAGGCCUACGUUCGAAGCGAAGUAAAGAUGCUCCGGAAGGGCUAUUACGGGAAGAGACUCUAUGUGACCAGCAAUAUUCUCGAAGCGAGGAUUAUUCAAGUCUUGACUAAGAGAGCAGAUGGGAUGUUCCUUUGGGUUAAUCUACAAUUGGAGAGCCUAUGUCGAAUCAGCGAGGCACAGAAAGACCGACUGGUCGACGCUGCACUAGACACUCUUCCACAGGGUCUCGAUGAAACAUACACUCGAAUCUUGGAGCGAAUCGACGACCAAGCGGAGCACAUGAAAGAACUAGCGCUCAACUGUCUUAUGUGGAUAGUUUACGCCAAAAGACCUCUGACAACUCAAGAGUUACAACUUGCAGUUGCACUUGCACUUGCGACAGAUGUUAGCUGCCAAAGCCAAACGGACAUAGAGGUACACAAGGUCGAGGUUCUCCUUGCAUCCUGUGGUAACCUGAUUGUGGAGGAAAACAAUACAAUCCUGCCGGUCCACUACUCAGUCCAAGAGUUCUUUACGAUGCGCCCCGGCAAAACGACUCGGCGACGCAUCCAGGAGAGCAUUUCAGAUCCAGGUUUUGUGCACACAAGGCUUGCCAGCAUUUGUCUAAGAUAUAUUCAACCUGGAACGUUGACUGAACCGUGUAGUCAUUGGACAGAUCUUUACUCUCGAAUGUCGGAUGCCACACUUCUAUCAUAUGCGGCUCACUACUUUGACUAUCAUCUUUCGCAUGGUAAACCUCUUCCUACGGAUAUCCUACAACUCGUGGAAGGUCUUCUUCGCCAAAGCGGGCCCUUCUUUGCUGCGAUUCUCCAGAUAAGAUAUCUUCAGGAUCCGUUCAAUGACCACAACAUUGUUCUGGACUUCGACCCAGUCUCCUUCGUUGUUUCAGCCGAUACAAUUAUAUACGGAACCCAUCUCUUUGAGAUAGAUCAUAUCCGAACGCGUUUGCUGGGUCGUACAUUACCUAAGUUUGCAUUACAUCAAGCGACCUCUGCCGGGUUACUUAAUGUGGUUGAGCGAUUGAUAGAGCAAGGGUGCGAUAUCGACGAGAGAGAUGGAAAGGGUGCCAGUCCGAUGCACUCUGCGUCCAUACGAGGCCACACAGCCACCGUUGAGCUGCUACUAGGCAAUGGCGCCGACGUCAACGCGCAAGGAGGAGGCUACGGCAGCGCGCUCCAGGCAGCCUCGCGGGGAGGCCACACAGCCACCGUUGAGCUGCUACUAGGCAAUGGCGCCGACAUCAACGCGCAAGGAGGAGGCUACGGCAACGUGCUCCAGGCACCCUCACAGGGAGGCCACACAGCCACCGUUGAGCUGCUACUAGGCAAUGGCGCCGACGUCAACGCGCAAGGAGGAUACUACGGCAACGCGCUCCAGGCAGCCUCGCAGGGAGGCUACUCGGCCAUUGUUGAGCUGCUGCUAAGUAAGGGCGCUAUAAGGCUAAGUACUAGUCUAUAAGUCAAGUUAUUUUCGGGUAUUGGAAGCAAAGUUGUCUACCACCUCCCCACCCGCCUCCGUCCCUUACAGCCUGCUAUAUAUACUUUUCUAUAUAGAUAGGUUCAGCUUUUCAAUUUAGAUUGUUUCGAAAUAUACUGCUUAGAAAUAUGCUACUUUAAAAUAUGCUGCUUGGAAAUACUUAGGUACAUGUACGUUGCAUAGACAAUUCUGUAUAUCUUCUUUUCUCUAGAGUAAAGUAGGAUUUCGGCGCUCUUUAGCGCCACUCGGGAAUGCUAGCAGGGAGGGCCGCCGACCCGCUGAGGCUACCCUCUUGUGAGCUCAAACUGUGAUAAGAGAAUAUCCUCAUGUACCGUAGCGAAUCACGUGCCUUGAGUUGUGACGCUUUAGAAAAAAUAGAACAUGGUUCGUUUAUUGUAAGCUUGAACCGUGUCGAGCUAUAUA